AUGUCCAAACGCAUCAUCAUCACCGGUGGCUCCGGCAAAGCUGGCCAAUUCAUCAUUUCCCAUCUCCUUGCCCACAACUAUGAGAUUCUCAACCUGGACCUAAACCCGCUUCCCGCUCCCCUCAGCAACAGAGUCCACACCCUCAAAGUCGACCUCACCGACAACGGUCAAGUGCAUGGCGCCCUGCACUCUCAUUUCCAUCUCACCGAACCAUUUCGCGAACCCCUCCGCCAGGUCCCCGAUGCUGUGAUCCAUCUAGCCGGGUACGCAAGGAAUAUGAUCGUUCCCGAUAACGAAACCUUCCGAGGCAAUGUUCUCUCUACCUAUAAUGUGCUGGAAGCUGCGUGUCGAAUCGGGGUACCCAAGAUCAUUACUGCCAGUUCACUCUGUGCGUAUGGUGUUGCUUUUGCAGAAGGGGAUGUCGAUUACCCUUCUUUCCCGGUUGACGAGGAGGUAGAUACGAACCCGAUGGAUGUGUAUGGUCUAUCGAAAGUGGUUGGGGAACGCACAGCGCGGAGCUUUGCUCGGCGAUUUGGGACGGAUAUCUACGUCAUGCGGCUAGGAGCUAUUGUCGCGCCGGAGGAAAUGCGGAGUCGGUUUGAGGAGUAUGUGCAUUCAUCGGUGAAGUAUAAGGCGCAUGGAUGGGCAUAUACGGAUGCCAGAGAUGUUGGGUUGAUGUUUGAGAGGGGCCUUGUUACAGAUGGAUUGGGGUUCCAGGUCUUUAAUGCGGUGAAUGAUGAGAUUACGAACACUGCGAGCUCGACGGGGGAGUUCUUGCAGAGGACGUGUCCCAAUGUUCCGAUUACGAGGGAGAUGGGGGAGAAGGAGGCCCCGGUGACGAAUAGAAAGAUGAAGGAGAUGUUGGGUUUUGAGCAGAGGUACCGGUGGCAGGACGAGUAUUUCCAAAAGUGA